AAACUUCUCAAUUCCCGUCUACGAAGUACAAACAGAGUUUGUGCAAGGGCGAACCAAGAAAUCCCAAAGCAAUAGAAGAAAAAGGGGAAAGGAUGAAGAUGACAUGGAAGAACCCAGGCAAGAACAAGACAAAAAAGCUGCCUUUAACUCAAUUGAAACAUCUUCCUUUCGACCAACAAGAAUCUCCUGAUAAUAUUCGUGAUGAUUCCACCACCAUCAAUAGCUCCGGCAAGGAUGCAAUCGGAGGAAAGGACGAGCCAAUGGUAGAUGCUGUAGUAAUUCCUGAGGAGGAUGCUGAUCACAAAAAGCUCUCGAGGAUGUUUGAAGAACAAGGAAACAAGCUUGCUGAGAAUGGGCAUUUCCGUGAAGCACUGGGAAAGUGGGAGUCUGCUAUCACUUUGACCCCAGAACGUGCAGUCUUACAUGAGCAAAAGGCUCAGGUCCUACUUGAAUUGGGAGAAACAUGGAGUUCCGUAAAAGCUGCUACUCGGGCCACUGAACUAGAAGCUACGUGGGCAGAGGCUUGGAUCACCCUUGGUAGAGCACAGUUGAACUUUGGGGAGCCUGACAGUGCUAUCGAGAGUUUCGACAGAGCUUUAGCUAUUAAGCCAGAUUCAGAGGAGGCGCUUGAUGACAGGAAAACUGCUGGGAACCUGAUAAAGAAGCGCAAACAGCUUCAUUCUGGUGGCUUGAGCAUUAGUAACAAUCGGUUUGCUGUUGGCGAAAAUGGGAAUGGUCCAUGAAGGUUUGUGUUUCGGUGAAGAGUUCUUGGUGUGCUUAAGAACGGAAAGUUGAUUUGAAGUACGUUACUGUUUGAUCUUAAAGUAACAUCAACAUAAAGUCUUCGAUCUUUGUAAAUAUUUGUAGCAUUAGAAUGGACUUUCGUCUAGCUUUUGUAAAUGACACACGGGAAGCAAAAGGAAAACCAACUCAAAAAGCGAAAAAUGUUGAGCCAAAAUGCACAAGCAAAGACACCAAGACACAACUAUCUUUGAGCUUGGAAGUCUGUUUAGAUUCGUUCUCGUCUUCUUGAUUGCUUUUUAACUUUAUUUCCUUUUUUGACUAUCAUUCUUUGAUCAGAAUCAUCAUGCCCAAAAGUCAACGUACUUUCAUAAAUAAUGUACCUACGGCAAUACCAAAAGUCAAAGAAAAUCUAGGGCUAAAUAUCUUGGGUUUUACUUUUUUUUUUUGAAUAUUUGGGUUUUACUGAAAUGGCAGGA